AUGGCCCCUCAACCUGCCAUCCACCCCGAGACUGCCUCGCUUCUCGAGCUUCGCGCGAAGCUGGCGGAGAAACCGCCGUUCUGCAGUGGCAUCUUCGCUCUGCCUCCGGAACAGCUUCAGCUCUACUACGGGAAGCAGGACCACAAGUUCAUCGACUUCUCCACAGCUGUCGACAACCCCGAUAUAGUGGCAGAGCUAGCUGCCGCCUGCCAACCUGCCAAGUUCGGCAGGAACAACGAGACGGUGCUGGACGAAACUUAUCGCAAGGCUGGGAAGAUGGACAGGGAAGACUUCUUGAUGCGGUUCGACGCAACGGAGUCUGGUCUUCUACGCGUCGUCCACGCAACCCUCCUCGCGAGCGUGAAGGAGAUGCAUAGCAUCCGGGCGGAGCUUUACAAGCUCAACGUCUACGGCGAAGGGGAGUUCUUCAAGGCUCACGCGGACACCCCCUUGGGAACCAACAUGGUCGGUUCCCUCGUCCUCUGCCUCCCCACUGCGCACGAGGGCGGUGCCCUCUUCCUCCGUCAUGGCGGCAAGGAGUGGAUGUUCGACGCCAACGCGCUCCUCGGUGGCCGCACCGACGCCCUCGCAUACGUCGCCUUCUUCAGCGACGUCGAGCACGAGGUCGCCCCCGUUCUCUCCGGCCAUCGCGUCACCGUCACCUACAACCUCUUCUGGACGAGCGAGGUCCCUUCGCCUCUCCAACCUCAAGGCGUCACCGUCGACGCGCCCGUCCUCGCGAACCCGAACGCCAUCGCAGAUUCGUUCGACGCCCUCCUCGCUGACCGCGCCUUCAUGCCCAAAGGCGGUAUCAUCGGCUUUGGCCUGCGCCACAAGUACCCGUUCCCGCGCGCCUGGAAGGCGGUCAAGGGCGCGCCAGACCCGCUCGAACGUCUCUCCGGGUGGCUCAAGGGUGGCGACGCUGCGCUCAAGCUCGCGGUCGAGGGCGUCGGGCUCAAACCGCACCUCCGCUACGUCGUCCACUCGACCUCGCGCAGGAUCCUCCUGAAGCAGAUGGUCGUCCUCCCGACCGACUGCGUGCAGGAGGAACCGCUCGAGGUGCAGUUCACGUGGCGGAACUACGGCGGACAGCUAAUCAAGGAGGCCUUCUUCGGCGCUGCGCCCGCGCCCGCUCCGAAAUGCCCACCUGGGGAAGCCGGGUUCUACGGCGGGGGGUUCAUGGACACCUACUGCGACGAGGACGAAGACGAAGAGGAGGAGGAAGAGGGGUACAGACGCAAAGACGCGGCUUCGAGCAUCGAAAUCCACUGGAUCACGCCCACCGAGGCGUGGAACGGAACCAGCGCCCCGUUCCUCGCGUACGGCAACCAGGCGAGCCUCGACUACUGGUACGCCUCCGUCUGCAUCCUCGUCAAGAUCGGGCCGGCGGACGACCGCGGCGUGCGCCCCCGCGCGGUCGUCGAGCGGCCGCCCAAGCCCGUUCGGCCCGUGCAGGCGAAGGCGAGCGAGCCGAUGCCCGUGCCCGCUCAGCCUGCUGCGGGCUCUUCCUCUGACGAACCCACGGAGUCGAGCGGCGCGGGCUCUGCUCCCGCGAAGGGGCAGGCGAAGGCGAAAGGGAAGGCGACGAAGACGAAGACUAAGGCCGCGCCAGCGCAGCCUGCGAAGGCGCCGCCCGCGAAGGCUGGGAAGACGAGGGCGCCGGCUGCUGAACCUGCUCAGACGAUGGAGCCGGAGCGACGGAGUACGCGGGAGCGGCGCGCGGUCCAGCGCGGCUAG